AUGGGGACGACGCGCUGCGAAGGCCUCGUGCGUAUCCGCGAGCGCGUGGCGUUCCGAGCGUCCUCCAACGUCGAGGAGGACGCCGCUCGCUCCUUCUCCUCGUCCUCGUCGGGCAGCCGCCGCCGCUCUGCCAGUCGGUUGAAUGACGACGUUUGGUACUUCUGCGUCUCCCGAGCGUCCACCGCAGCGCUCGAGUGGUUCACAGUGGACGCAGGCACAGAGAGCAGCGACGAUGAGGACGCAGCGCCGUCCACAAGCUCCAGCGGCGCCGUGUUGCUGGCCAGCACGCGAGUCUCCAGCGUCAAGGCAGUGGACGGAGAGAGCAUCAAGUUGCCAGACGAAGGGGACGACGCGGAGGACGCUGGGACUUUUUCCUGCUUGAAGAUGGACGACGCAGAGCGGAAACGACUCGAGAGCUGCUCGUUCUACGUGGAGGACGACGCGUCGGGGAUCGCGUUGCUCAUUGAGACGGAGUCGCAGGAGCAGAGGGGCCAGUGGGUGCAGUUCCUGAGUGGGUUAUUGACGCGAGAGAGGGAAGAGCCCGAUGGAGAACAGGAGCAUGUUGACCAGGAGGUGGAGGAGAGUGACGAGGUGCAGGAGGCCAGAGAGGACGUGGUGGAAGACCUCGAAUCGCUGCACUUCUCGGCGUCGAGGUCGUCCAUCUCGACGCGCUCGUUACUGCACCAAGGCAAGUCGGAGAAUCUGAUGGAGGAAGACGACCCUUUCGGAUUACUGUCACUUACGACAUCGGCUUUGAGUUCGAUUGCUCCUAUGGAUUGUCUUGGUGCUGUCGGGAAGAAGUCUUCAAGUAGCGCUGCGCCUGGUAUGUUUGCCAUGGAUCACUUUGAGCUUGCAGAGGGAAACGGCCACGCUGAAGAGAUCGAAGACACAGGCGAUAGCGACGUCAGCAUUGCCAACACUGAUUCCGAAACUGCGGCAGACACUGCAGUCGAUCCCUCUUUAUUGCUGUCAUCCGGUCGGCAGCAAAGCGGGCAGCUCCUUCAGUCCCGCGAACGCUCAGCUAGCAACGUCACAGACCCCCUGAGCUCCAGUGUGAUCCGAGAACCUGCUGAUAUGCAAGGCCGACGUCAUAGUUUGGGGUCUGUGUUCGGCUCAACUCCAAAACCAACGAAUGGCUGUCUUCGAUGUAACAAGCGAUUUGGCAGACUCAUUCAUACGCCCAAGGUGUGCGCGUCCUGCUCACAUCGGUUCUGUCGCGACCACUGCUGCCAGUGGACGACACUGACGACCCCGGAAUCAAUCACACUACCUGCUCCAGGGGUUGUAGGGUCCCAAAUGGGGGCAAAAGCAGUCCCGGCGCCUGAGCAGAAGCGCGUGUGUAUGGAUUGCCUCGUGCGACAGCAGCUGCUGACCUCGCUACAAGAAGCUGGUGUCUAUUAUGCUUCCGCAGUCGACGAAGCUGGGGGAUUGUCACGACUUGUGCGCUGGAAAUAUUUCGAUCAGGGUCCGAAGCAUGACAUUGAAACCCACAUUCGCGCUCGAAGUCUCGGCCCUUUGAGUCUUCUAUCAGCGAUGUUCAAGUAUCGACAGCAGCCCUUCAUGUUUGUGGUGGUACUGGCACAGCUAGUGCACAAUGUUGAGAACUGUAUGGACACGAUGGACUUCUACUGGCCGCAGUUCUUACAAUGGGGUUUUGUUAACCUCCCCGACGCGUCUCCAAGUGUCCGUGCCUUCUACCUCUUCUUCCUCGCUGCCACUGCUCGUCGCAGCGUGCAUCUCGCUGUCAAGGCAACAUGGGAAUGCAUUGCAGCUCACUGGGACGCCAUGGCAGGCGGGCUUUAUAAGCGUGGCAAUGGCAUCGUGGUAAUGCUCUUCUUCGUUACGAACGUAAACUUUGGUGAACCUCGAAGCGUGCUACCGCAAUUACUGUUCCCUCAAGCACCGCUCCACCAGCGUGAAUCAUUCGAAAGACUACUGGAGCAACUGUACGAGUAUGUGCGCCGGGCAUACGCUGCUUCACAGCGUGAAUCUCCGUUUUUCGAGUGGCUUCUCGCGCGCAGCAAGGAAGAAAUUGUGUCUAGCUCUCGUAAUGUUCAGAAGCAGCUUCGUAUUGGUGACGGGUUCCUGGACCCAUUUCCAUCAAAUUACCACGAAGAAGCGCAGCUUAUGCUACUGGAGCGUCGGAGGUCAGGGACUCAACACUUGGUGGAAACGAAGCAGCGGUUGUGGAACAAACCUGCUCAACACAUUUUCAGUGAUGAAGUCCGGCUCGUGCGCUUCCUCGUAGACCUCUGUACAUAUUUAAAAGAGAACAUUUCCGAGCCUGCGCAGCGGAAGAAGGCGCUCCCAGCGCUGCUACAGGAAAUGUUACGUGGUAAACACAUCCGACCUGAGGCAGCAUUGCCAUUGUCGGGAACUAUGGCUCGCCAACACCGUGUGGUCAAUGUGCUGACUGACGAAGGAACGGUGUUUUCUACCAAGGCUCGCGCGCCGACGCUGGUUUUCUUUGAAAUCAUCGCAUCGUCAUUAGAUGCAUGCGAUAGUAAGUCUGCUGUGCAAGAGGGGAUCGAUCUUCGGUCAAGCAGCGACAAUAACCUGGAUGAUUUGGUGGAUGCAGCCGUGCAAAUGGACAGUGAGCUGGAAGGUCUCCUGGCUCCCGAGCAACAGGAAAUCAUCAACUACCUGGACGGAGAAGUCGUCGGGACCUACGUAGCAGAUUUGAUCCCAGCCAGCCGAAGCGAAUCUCACGCUUCCGUACGGUCAUCGAUCUCCGAAGAUCUAGACGGGCUUAAUCACGUGCUACCUGCUGGUUGCACGCCGCUUAGUGAAAAAGCGAGUACCGGUGUGUUCUCCGAUGAGGAAAGCGACGAGUUUGGUGCAGAGGAGGUAGGCGGUGACGACGUAACGGAUACGAACGAUAGCUUGGAUUCCGCCAACUCGUCACAAGCCAGCAAGUGUCCGUUCUUCGGAGAACGGUUUGCUGAUACGCAGAAGCGGAUUCAUGAGGAGAGUUCGUUUGCGCGCUUCGACGGCUGGGCGUUAGUUCCCGUGAUCGCAAAGAGCUUCGAUGAUAUGCGUCAAGAGGUCUUCGUGCUGCAAGGGCUCAAGUUGUUCCAGCUUAUCUUCCGCAAGCACAAUCUCAAUCUGUGGAUGCGCUACUACAGUAUCGUGUGUGCGGGCAAAGACUGCGGCUUGCUGGAGGUAAUCACGGACGCUCAGUCGCUGGAUGGUCUCAAGAAGAAGGGCAAGAAGAUCAGUGGGGUUGGUACGUCGCUGCCUAAAAUCUUCGAGCGAGCGUGUGGUCGAGACCCCGUUACAGGUGAACACGACCCAGUCCGCCUGGAAAGAGCUCGAGCAAACUUUAUCACGAGCAUGGCAGCCUACAGUCUCUUCUCCUACAUUUUCUUGGUGAAGGACCGACACAAUGGCAACAUCAUGCUGGACACCGAAGGCCACGUCGUACACAUCGACUUUGGCUUCGUGCUAGGUAUCGCGCCAGGCAACACGUUCAGUCUGGAGACAGCUCCGUUCAAGCUCACGCCGGAAAUGGUUGAGGUCAUGGGUGGCGAAGGAUUUGACCGCUACCGACAGCUCGUGGCUCAAGGGCUGCUUGCUCUGCACUUAGAGGCGCCUCAGCUUCUGUCGCUGGUGUACCUGUCGUCCAAAGACUCGUCGUUCCCGUGCUUCACCGGCCGAUCACGUGCUCGAAUUGUCCGGAGGUUGAGUCGACGUUUGUGUAUCGGCUGGAGUGUCCAAGACGUCGAGCGCACUGCUGCUCGCAUUGUGGACAAGAGCAACGGACACCGUGGCACAAGGCAAUACGACUGGUUCCAGAAGAUUUCCAAUGGCAUUUUGCCCUAG